GAAUGAACGGGCCCCCUUUGAGCGUUGACCGUCCAGUUGAAAGGGAAGGGCGGGUACCGCACUACCUUCCUCUCUCCGGCGGGCCAUCCUCGCCCCCAAAACCCUAGCAACCGGGCCAGAAGGGUCGAGAAAGAGAAAGAGAGGCCCUUUCUUCCUGCCAUGGCGAUCCUCUACGCCGUGGUUGCGAGGGGGACUGUGAUCCUUGCCGAAUUCGCCGCCGUGACGGGAAACACUGGCGCCGUGGCCCGGCGCAUCCUCGAGAAGCUCCCCCCGGACUCCGACUCCAGGCUCUGCCUCUCCCAGGACCGCUACAUCUUCCACGUCCUCCGAUCCGAUGGCCUCACUUUCAUCUGCAUGGCCAACGAUACCUUCGGAAGGAGGGUUCCAUUUUUAUACUUGGAGGAUAUCCACAUGAGGUUCAUGAAAAAUUAUGGCCGAGUUGCUCAUUCUGCAUUAGCUUAUGCGAUGAAUGAUGAGUUCUCUAGAGUGCUACACCAGCAGAUGGAGUUCUUUUCCAGUAACCCAAGUGCAGAUACACUUAACCGUGUACGAGGUGAAAUCAGUGAGAUACACACUAUCAUGGUCGACAAUAUAGAGAAGAUAUUGGACAGAGGAGAUCGAAUUGCACUCCUUGUUGACAAAACUGCUACAAUGCAAGAUAGUUCCUUUCAUUUCAGGAAGCAAUCCAGGCGCCUUCGCCGAGCACUUUGGAUGAAAAAUGCAAAGCUUUUAGCCUUGUUGACAUGUGCCAUAGUCCUCUUGCUGUAUAUUAUAAUCGCUGCGUGCUGUGGAGGCAUUACUCUUCCAUCAUGCAGAUCAUGAUAUAUGUGUGGAUAUUUGGCAUUCAGAAGGCGCAUAUGACUACCUUCAUAAGUUUUGUUGCCUGUGGAAUGAAGCUCUGUUCAGCAACAAUCUUCUUGGUACAUUAGCUUAUGUGCUUGGUAGUUGCAAACCAAGGAUUUUUCCAUGCUGAAAAUUCCUUUUAUUAUUCUCAUUAUCCUGCUCUACAUUCCUUUUUUCUUUUCAAUUAGUUCUGUUGAUGCUGGGUUUUCUGUAUAGUGGUUGUAAUCAUUCUAUUACAUAAUCUUGCUUCAUGGUUAUCUCUUACUUCAGAAUAACUGCUUCUGUACCAAACAGUUGGUUUAGUGAGGUUGGAGGUUGUGUUGGGUCGCAAUGUCGCCAUUUUA